AUGGCGUACGCUAAGCAGGGAACAGAAGGAAAGACUAGACUUGAACGUAUGCAGGACACUGUCCGCGAUUUUGGCAAGUUUCUCUACAGUCGAAAUGAAGACAAUGAGGUCUUAAUUAUGGGCCGAAAUGGCGCGAGCUGGGGUAAGUCUUGUUAGAUCUUCGGAGGUUAAUAGUUCUUGUACAGUUGAAAUAACUUAACUAACUAGAUAUUGAUGAAUGUUAGUCGUUUGUGGAGCCUUUCCUUUAAGGAAAAGUAAAGUGAACUUGAGCCUUUACGUUUAAAAUAUUUAUCAUAACUUUUUCUAUUGAAUUUCAGCAAAGCUCGCCGUUUUCUUCUUGAUAUUUUACGGCUGUUUGGCUGGGUUUUUUGCGGCCAUGUUGUCGGUAUUCAUGACCACGGUUCCAGAUAGGGCGGAUGGGCCAAAGUUUACUAAAUUCAUAGCAGGAAAACAAGGUAUCCCUAUCUUUUUCUACUUGUUUUAUAGUUAUUUUAACUCUGUAUUUAGUGGAAUUCUUAUUUCCUCUUGGAAGCUCAAAUCAGGAAAACUAAUCAAGCUUACCGUAAAUGAGUAAGCCGGCCGCCUGCAUGCACAACCACCAAAUCCGGUUGUACUCUUAUUUGCAAUGCAAGCGAUUCUCAUAUUGAGUCGUAACUCAUGUGUUAUAUGCUAAUAUUUCUAUUUUGGAUUGGAGAUUACGGCGAAAUCCUUAUUUUCCUGGACUACAUUCCUCUUUUCAGCGAGUAAAACCUCGAAGAUUUGAUUUUACUUGUGUAGUCCCAUUGGGAACGAGCAGUGAUCCGUGGCCAGCUGAAACGGUCGAUAUUUGCUCUGAUGAAAUAUAUUUGGUGUUUUAAUAGAUCUUUAUACCUGACACGAUUAAAACAGUCGCUAAAUAUUUUUUUGUUUGCUUAAUACUUGUUUUCGGCCAAUUUAUUCGUUUGAAGAUUGGAACAGACGAGGGGUGGGUCUGCUAAGCUUGAUGCCCGGUAAGAAUUGAAAUUGACAAGGCGUUUGUUACAUAAUCCAGCGCCUUAUCGGAUUGUUUGCUACACAUCGAGUUACUUCUGCAGUUUUGAAAAGCGUUGCCGCUUUUGUGAACGGGGAGAAUGUUCUCAGUUUGCAUAGGUUAUACGCAAUACUGUCCCCCAUUAAGAGAUAUAUGACGCGGCAAGUUUGUUACGGGCUUCGAUGUUGUUUGAAGUGUGUGGUUUUAGUAAUAUUGAUUAUGCGCAUGAUUUGUUAUUGUGGCGUCAUCUGUUGAAAACUAAAUUGUCAUUCCAAUAUAUAAAACUGUCAUGGUAUUUGAUUUAUAAUCUACUCUAUUCCAGUAUGUUUCUACAUAAAUCUAAAACUUCUAUCAGUAUUCAAACUGUAUUAAAACAAGUGUUUAGAACACACUCUCACUUGAAUUUUCUCAUUUCUGCUUAUGGUACACUGUAGCUUUGCCAUAACUAGCAAAGGAGAGCUAGUUGAAGGAACCAUUGAACUGGAAAGGCUUGCAAAGAAACUGGGAUUUCUAUUGGACUGUGCACAAUAGUUCGUUAGAGGCUCAUAAACUUUGACAGAAUAUCCUACCACAAAUGUUGCUAUUACUUUAUUGUAGGAAAUUAACGCUAGUGUUAAUUAAGGUUUUGAAAUUAAAGCGAAUUAAAGGGAAAAAUACUUCCCAAUAAAAAAAAAUUAAUGCAAAAGGCGGGGUAAAAUUUAAAAAGAAAGAAAAUCAAUGCACCGUACAAAAAGAAACAAAAGUUGUUUAAACAACAGGAACAAAUUUAUUUAAACUUGACCGAAAUCCAGGAAGCAGAAAUUGAGAGUUAUUCUCCCUAUGGUGACCAUGAAGAUGAAAUGUUGUUACAGUAAUCAAUUUGUGAAAGAUUGAUCUGAAAUAAAGUGCGCGAAACUAAAGCUAUUCAGUUUCCUAGGCAUCAAGAAAGUCUGGAGAAUGUCAAGAAUUUGGGGCCAAAAUGACGUAAAGCGUUAAUUUCCUAUAAUAAGGUUGUCCAAAGAUAGUAAAAAAAUGACCUAUGAACAUUGCACUGCGCUUGAGCUCCACCCCUCCAUCCCACUGCUUUGCUUGAGUUCACCGUACCACCAUCACCCCCAGGUAUCUCUAACUUUUCAUUCCUUUAAAACCACUGUAUCAUUUCGUUUGAAAUUUUCCAUAUUGCCCAUGUUACUAACAACAAAAUUAUGAUUGACGUAUCAUGUAGUCAGCCUUGUCUUCUUAAGUUUCUCUAUACGUCAGUUCAUCAAUACUAAGUUAGUUUUGUCUUCUUAUGUUUCUCCUUCAUUUAUUUGCACAAUGCUAGUCUUGUUUCUUUUGUGUUUAUCUUUACAUUAGUUAAUUUGUAGAGUGUCAGGAUUUUCCUGUUUCUUGCAUCAUCAGUUUCUCGGUUGUAAUGUGAGAUCAGGCGCAACAGUAGUAGCUUCCAUAAGUUGUCUGUUACAUGGUUGAGCUAAAAUUUUCAUGCCUUGUUAGAAUAUCUUUCUUAUUUCUCCAUAUUGGCAUGAUCUUCUGAAAAAUAGUACAGUCUUUUGACUGGUUAGUCUCAUAUUUCUUUGUAGGUUUUUGCUUAAUCCAGCUUGUUUGUACAUGCAUGUUCAGGGGUUUCGAUAAAAAUUGAAGUAGCCAGCAGAUUUGAAUAGAGUAACCGACUGUAUCAACAGUCUAUGUUUUCAAGGGGUGUCUGGGGCAUGCUCCCUCAGAAAAUUUUAACAUUGCAAAACCCUAAUAAGCGAUUUCCAGCAUUUAGGGGACUAAACUGAGUGUAAAAGACAAGUUUUCCAUUCAAGAAGAUUUGGGUUUUAGUCAAAUUUCGAUUUAUUAGCCACACGAUUAACUCCUGCAAGCAAUGAACAAAUGAUCAUUAUACUAAGUUACAUACAUUUCUGCGUGAACAAAUUCUAUUGUUCUCCAUGACAUUAUUCAAACUAGCUGCUGCUUCUUCUUCGGAGAAAAAUAUAGCCGACUUCUCUGAGCAAUUUAGCCGACGCGUUUCGUCGGUGCUUAUUGAAACCCCUGCAUGUUGUUAGCCUUGCCUUAUCUAUGCUUUCCUUAAACCAAAAAUAAGUUUGUUCAAGUGGUGGUUGAGUUGCUGGACAACAUAGAGCACUACUUCAUUUUACUGCCGUGAAACACACUACUAUUAUGAUUAGAAGUGUAAGUCGAGGAGCUGUCUGUUUUACACGACUCGCCAUUUGGUGAACAGAUCUUAAAAUGAAGUCGGCAGGGAUCACUUUUUAGUCGCAUUGGUGGCAUGUGCAAGUCAGGUUUGUUAAUGCUCUGAUUUAUUUACAGGUCUUAUUCCCACAUCACUUGAAGUGAAGUCUGGACAAAAAGAUGAUCAUGUGAAGGCCAUAAAUGACUUCUUGAAACGUAAGUUUCUGUACACGUGUGUUUGACUUUAUUUUAGAGGUGCCUUUGAAUCACUGAGUUUUUCAUUUUGUAUUUGGUUGGAAUCAAGAUGGUUGUUGCUUAUGGUUGUUAGUACAUUGCAAUAUAUAUGAAUGGGUUGGAUUGAAGUGUGUUGUAGCGGAGCUCUCGCGCAUGCUUGCACAGCAGAGCACCAUGGGUAAGAAAAUGUGGUUAUCUAUGCAUCCAAGAAAUUUGGGUUCUGAGAAAAUCAUCAAGGCAUACAUCCACCCCUUCAUGUAACCCGAGGGGGGGGGGGGAAUUUUGCAUUUCAAGCACCCACGCAUUUUGGCGGUAAAUUACAUGGCCACCCUGACCUUUAGAGAGAACAAAACAGCCGAGUCUUUCUUUCAACUAAUUUUUAAUGUCUAUGAUGUGGUUCAAUUUUAUCCUUGGUUUAAAUUUUAUGUUCUUUUGUUUAUGGGCAUGGUAAUGUAUGGUAAUGAGUUUGAAACAAAAGAAAAUAAAUUUAAACCAAGGAUAAAAUUGAACCACAACAUCUACAUUGAUGUCAUGUGGCUAACAGAAAAAGACGUACAGCGAGAGAUAAAAAACAAAGGAGACCAAUUUUGUUCGAGCAAAAACAUGAAAAUUUGAAAGGGGCAGUGAGAAAAUGAGAAAAAGCUAGCUGCCACCAAGGUGAAAACUAGCAGGAGUGGAAAUAUAAGUGAACAGGAACACAUACGACAAUUCCUCCAUAAUACAUGUAAAUAAGAAGUUUCUGGAAGUUUCACAUUGUAGUCAUGCAAAACAACGGCAAGGAAAUGUACAAAAAAGUGUGGUAAAGUUGUUUUUUUUUUCACAAACUAGAACAUUUUUUGUUGCUGUUCUUGUCGCCAUCACCAUUCAGCAUUACAUGAUUAUAUAUUUUGUUAUAUUAUUUUAUAUUAUUUUAACGAGAGCUUUGCUUUUUGCCCUGGCUAAAUCUAUAUAUUACACUGGCAAUAAAGUUGUGGUGCAGACACCACAAAAAAAACUAGUAAUUAAUUAAAUUAUUGAAAAUUAAGAGGUGGUUGCUAACUCUUUACAACAACUUUCCUAAUUAUUCAUUUUUUAGCAUACAAGUCUGCCGUGGGUAAUGACAGCUACAAUCAAAACUGUACAGAGGAGAAUCGUGAGAAGGGUUCCAAACCAUGUGCCAUGGAUCUGACCACUCUUGGAGAGUGCUACAGCAAUGAAACAGACUUUGAAUAUGGCUAUGAUGAAGGAAGACCAUGCAUCUUUUUUAAAAUGAAUAGGGUGAGUUUAUCUUUUAAUUUGAUUCAGGGCUUCUGAAAAAGUGCCUGUACCAGAAGACUACUGGCUCUUAAACCUGACUGAUCUCUGCUCCGUACAUUUUCUUAGUUAAGAAAAUUUGAUAAAAGAUCAAAUCAUUUCCCCAUUAGUUAAGAGAAUUUAAACAAAAGAUUAAAGCAUUUCCCCUUUCUUGAUCAUUUACUAAUUCUUAUAACUUUUUCUGCUAAUGAUGUAUUGAUGUUGUUAGGAGUAAAAUGAGGUUGUCACCCUAGGGACUUAUAAAGUUAAAAACAAUAUAUGUAUAAUGUAUAUGUCAACUUGAACCUCUGUGUGCUAUCACCUAUUGUAAGCAACCUCUUAUCCAUCACCACCACUACCAUCGUCAUCAUCAUCAACUGGGCAUGCUGGUUGCUCAGAUUGCCAAGAGUAGCGCAUUUUGUCCAUCUCAAUCAUCUUAAAUAGUCAUCUGCCAAUGUAUCUAGCACCAAAGUACUUAUGGAGGACACUGUUUUUAUGUCUCAUACUACCAAGGGGACUGCCAUUUUUCAUGAUCAUCCAAACAAGCGGUGUCUAGCUGUUUUACAGGGCGAAGGCAGUAGUCAUUUUAUUUUUUGGUUAUUAUUUCAAAGACCCUGAGUAUCGGGGAUCAAACCUGUGACUUAACAUUCUGCUGUCAAGGGCUCUUCUUACUGAACUUUUCUAUUAAACCCCCCUCUCUAAUAAAUGCCCCCCCCCCCUCCCCGUAAAAAUUGCUCCAAAGUACUAGGAAAUUGCAAAAUAGAGUCAGAUAAAGAGACACAAGAGACAAAGAAACUGAAAGAAGAUUGCAAGCAUAAAUGCGUUGUAACCACAUCAUCCAAUGCCUGGACGAAUGAAGAACUAACUCUACAGUAGGUGAAAAGCGUUCUUGGAACAUUUUCCUUUAACAGGCGCUUACUGUUGUGGGACUCUUAUUAGUGUCAUAUGAUGAAGAGUGUCAAGGAAGCACUUAAGGAAAUCAGUGUUCACCAAGUUAUAGUUCCCAGUGGUUGUACAAAAUAUUCAAAAGCACCAGAUGUAAGUUGGAACAAACUGUUCAAGGAUGGCUAGUGGUGUACAAGAAUAUACAGAAGUUAGAAACAGGCGUUGCGACUGCCAUCAAGAAAGAUGAUUGUGGAAUGGGUGUUGACAGCCUGGUCAUGGCUCUCUACAGAUGUGGUUGCUAAAUCGUUCAAGUCCUGUGCAUUGAAUCUCGCAGUUGAUGGCUUUGAAGAUUCAGAGACUCAUUGCCUCAAGAAAGGUCAACCCUGUGAAGUAGGAGCAGAGCAGUUAGAGGCACAACUCUCCAUUCUGGAUGAACCAAAUCUCCCAAACCCUUUCCAAGUCAUAACCGACUCAGACAUCGAAGAAGUUAAUGAUGAAAACAAAAUUACUCUGGAUGAGGACUCUGAUGUUGACGUUGAGAGCUAAAAGAUGUGUUUUUUCCUGUCAAAUGCCACCCUUCCCCAUCCCUUCUCAAAAUUGUCUAACAACUUUUUGAGAGCUUAGGGACUUCAGUGUUUGAAUAGAAUAUGAAAGCAAGUUGCACUCAUUAAAGCACCCUCUUGAUUGUAGCAAAGGAGAAAAAUUAAAUUAGAAACCUUGGAGUGCAAAAGCCGUCAGCCCGCAGUUGAGAUUCUGUUAACACAAAAACGUGUUUGGCCUAAAGCAUACUGUAUACAGUUUUGCUGAGUUUGUUAAAAUAAGUUACGAGAAUAAAUGCCUCUCAAAUAAACACCUAUCUAUUGAAUGCCCCCUUUUGGACCCCCAAAAUUUUAUAAAUGCUCGGGCGUUUAUUAGAUCAUUAAUUUAAGGUUUUCAAGAUACCUAAUUCAUUCAUUUAAACCAGGUAGCCACAUCACAACACUUGGUCUGUGCUUACAGCCUUCUCUCCUUUUUCCUCACCACUAGAGAUGUUUUGCAGGAGAGAUGUCUGCGAUCUGGCCCCUAAAAUUCCAUACUGAUGAGUUGAAUCAAUGUUUAUUUUGUAGUUAAUUUUUAUCUCUGGUAAUUUUUAUUUUUCUUUUGUUUCAACUUCAUUAGCUUACAUUACUAUACCCAAAAACAAAAGAAAAACUAAAAUUACGUGAGAUGAAAAAUUAACUACAUGUGAGUUCUUCUGCAAACAAACGGCAACAAAACUCAAAUGCUUCUGGUAAUUUAUAUUCCACAAAUUAUUACUGUUUUUUUAGUUGAUCCACGGCAUUUACAUUUGAUCUUUGUGACCUUUUGUCUGUCAAUCUUAAACAAUAGCUUAAAAAAAGAAAAACAGCAAUAACUACCCGAACCAAUCGGCACUCCUUGACCAGUUUCCAGACGAAUCUACAUCAUCAGUAUCGAAUCACCAAGGUCUCUCCUGCAAAUCAUCCUGCGGCAAUGAGCAAGGAGAGAUUGCUGUAUUUGCAGGCUGCACAACACUGGCAUUGCCAUUUUUCAGUCUUUUUAACCACCUGAAAUGACAUGCAGUCUGAUCUCCCACCCUGUUGCAAGUUGGACACUGAUAGUGCAUAGCCCUGUUUAGACGACAUGUUUUUUCUUGUAUUAUUCAUCCUUUUCUUGUUUUUUGUUAUUGUGAGAAUGGUUCUUCUUCAGACAGUCACAUCAGUGACUUGAAUGUUUUUUCUUUUCUGAUUCAUCUGUGUCACUUUCUCGUACAUUCACUGAACUGGAAAAUUCAUCAAUGUGUUGUGUUGUUUCCGGAUAUAAAAUACUUAUUAAAAAUUUUUCUUCCCUCUAGGUGUAUGGCUGGGUCCCUGAACCUAAUGAGGGGUUGGAUUAUGUUAAACUGGCAUGCAAAUUUGAAGAUGGAGGCCAAGAAGUAAGAAUAAAUACAAUAAAAUUGCGUAGCCAUCUAUAUUACUGUUGUAGGAAAAUAAAUUCUUUACGGUCAAUGGGGAUUUGUACAUGUCAUUUCUUGCUCUAAGAAGUCAUCCAUUUAACACUUUAAAACAUGCAAAAUACUAUUCUUAACAUUGUUCACCAUAGUACAUUUGUUAUGGCACUCGUGCAGAGAACUUGUUUAAACAAUGAGACACCUUUGUGUUUUUUUCUUUUGUGCCUUUUGGGGUGCACAAAAAGGUACAAGAGAAAAAACAGAAAAGGCUGCAAGAUUGCAUUUGGUAGCUUAACCAUGUACGGCAAAUUUGGCAGUUUAUCUAACUUUGAAUGUUUUUUGUUGCUUGAUUCUCUCUUAUCAUGAUUCCCGGCAAACUAAAACCUUACAGAAAAUCAACCUACAAUGCAUUGGAAACCCUUUCAAGUACCCCAUGUACAUGUAUAUAUCCAUGAAAUAUAUGCCCUGAAAUGACUAGUGCCCAGAACUUUGCAGGGUUACCAAGUAGGCCUUGUAGUUGUUAUUGUGACCUUUUGUCAAAACUGUUGUAAUUCGCCACUUACACAUCUCCUUCUAUGCACCUUAUUUGCCCCCCAAAAUUUUGCAGAAGCAUUGUUUUCAAUUUUUCUUGGGACGGCUGUAAUACCCACGAGCAAAGAAAAACAAAGGCUGUGCAAAAAUUUUGGGAAGCAAAUAAGGUGCAUUAUGGAAGAUGUGCAAGUGGUGAAUAUAACUAAAAAUGCUGUUGUUUUUGGAAGGAAAAUAGUCUGAAAGGGGCCUAAAAGUUUCUAAAAAAUUGUGGUUAUGAAGGGAAAACAUGGAUUUCUAGAAACUCCUGGUGCAUCGCUCAGUAUUGUGCAGAAUUGUCCAGUCCAGCACCCUUGUACCCUGUCAGAAGCACUGAUGAUAUUAUUUUAUUCAUUUUAAUAUUUUGGACCAGUGAAUUUUACCUCCAACAACCUAAAUGCGCAUGUUACUUGUCUCAUGGACAUAAAAAAAAAUAGUUGUCUCCGACAAAGAAAUUUGUUACAAGAAUACACAUACCUUCAAUUUUAAUAUCCUCCCACUAUGAUUCCAAGUUUUCAUAAUUUUGGUUAGUAAAACAUAGAACUAUUUGUUAACAUUUCUGGCCUUGGUUGUUCAAGCAUUGGAUAGCACUAUCCAUACUGGAUAAAUCACUAUCCAGUUGUUCUUGUUGGCAAUCUCAGGAGUUAUAGAUACAUUUUUGGCUUUUAUUUAACCCGGCUUGUUGUAUUGGGUUGUAUUAUCAGGGGCGGAUCCAGGUUUUUUUUUAGGAGGGGGUGCACUCGUCUCUUGCUCUACUUCAACACCAAUAAACCACAUAGCUUUUUUUUUUUUUGCACAAUACCAGUUGUAUUAGAAAACCGCAGGUCAUCUCAGGGGGGGUGCGCACCCCCUGCACCCUCGCCCUAGAUACGCCCCUGAUUAUAAUGCAAAUAAUUGUAUUUUGUCUUCAACAGGGUUUGCUUCCCUUCCCAUCGGACAAGUUUGGCUUUCCCGCCAAUUUCUACCCAUUUUUUGCUGAGGAUAAUUGGCUUGGCCCAAUUGCUGCUCUUAAAAUUAACACCACAACUAAAGGAGUUCUUCUCUGUGAGGCCGUCGCUCAGAAUAUCAAGCUGUCUGAUACCUACCGACUCAACCGAGGUGCAACUGGAAGAGUUCGCAUCGAGCUUGACUUGUAA